AUGAUCAUCAUACACGACCCCGACAAGACAUGGUUAAACCCGAUUCCCGAUUUCCAAGUUCAUCGCUACGAGGAGAAACAUAGAAGCAACGCUCUGUUCGGCUCAAAUGCCUACAAGGCAUAUCAUUUCUCAUGCGUGAAAUUCACUCUUCCGCAUUGGUCACAGCCUGGUUACCGCAUGGAUCGUGACAUCUGGGGUGCAACCAUUCAAGAAUCGAUAUGGGAGACCUCUCUCCCCUCAACCGAGAGACAUCGUGCCGAUUGGUUGAGCGAAAGGUUUGCUCACAGGAUGGCCUAUGUUUCCCCUUACUCCAUGUUUUCUUUAAAGAUUUUGCGCAAAAUUGGGCGUGAUUGUCUUCGAGAAGAGGCGGUCAUGGAGCUCAAACGUCUGUGGCUACGAAAAAAGAAAGACCCUGCAGCUAUACACAUCAACGUAGACGAGACCUCAACGCUCUGGAUCCGAUACAUCCACAUCGAGGGUCUAAAGUAUGUCAGGUCCUUAUCAACCGAGAAACUAAAAGAUGGGGAACCGCUUUUCACCUUCAAUCCUUACAACAAAACGGCUGUCAGCGUCUUUAUCUCGUCUGAUCGUUUGGGUGUACGGGAUAUUCACAUCAUGCGACCAGAAGAUACGCCUACCAUUCAGCCAACGCCGGGCGUUGGUUGGAAUGUACAUCGUCUCUUAACGUUGCCUUUAUGUUUCAAGGGCCAUUUUGAUGGACUCAAGAUUCGACGCCUUAGAAUCCCAGAAUUCCACCACCAAGACAUAGAGUUCUCUCCAUCCGGCCGUAUUCUUCACCAAACGCGGUUCUGUGACUUCCUAUGGUCAACAAUACCGAAAACACUUGCGCUAUUCCCUUUUCCCGGUUUUCAUGUUCGUAUCGACCGCAAUCAGAAUGAUGGUCAGCAACUAUCCAAUAUCGUCCAGCAUAUCGACUUUAACAAGCCUGGAACAAGUGGCUACUCGUUUUGUGGAUACCGGGAUGCUUUGAUCGAGAUCAUUCCGAAUGAUUCUGCAUCACUUCCUUUCGACAUCGCCCACAACGAAGGUGGUCUCUUUCCGCUUUGGUGGAUGUACCUGAGCCUCGACGAAGGUGAACGGAUCUCGGAACUCUGGGAACGGAUCUACUUCACAGGUACCCAAUGGUGCAAUACACUUAUUUUGCGGACCGACGGGAACCGUAGCCUCACUCUAGGUCCCCAUCUAGAACUAGACACACUUGACGACAACGCGCAGAAGGGGGCUACACUGUGUCAUGCAUUGCUACGACUCCCAAGAAGUCGACCAUGUCGUGCUUUUUGGGCAAACUACCAAAUAUCUAAAACAUGGCUAUUUAUCGAGAACCCAGCAAUGUAUUACAUACGCCCCAAUUACACGCCCACGAAUUCCCCUGCGGCGUCGAGAUCCAGAUAUCUUCUUACAUCUGUGAAGCUCGAGGGAGUCAAGGAAGUGACUCCCUGUCUAUCAUGGAGAGAACCCGAAGGACCCUCCAAAGUGAUGGGUCUGUUACUUACUUAUACAGAUGGGACACGACGGUCUAUGGGACAAGUUCGUCACGACUGUAUGGGGGCAGCCAUGGUAGUUGGAUUGGCGGAAUGCAUGUGGUUAGGGGUUCCUGAUAUCAACGAGUCACAGGUCAACUGGACCUCGGAGACUCAGCGAGAGUCAAAUGGCUUGCCUGGAGCCAGCAGCGUUCACCUGUCUCAACCAACCAUGGCAGAAGAAGCUUUUCGAUACCUGCAGGUGCCCUGGCGCGGGCGACUGGAUUGGCGCUUCGACUCACACCAGUGCCAUAUCUCACAUGAAGAUGAAGAUGGAGGUACAGUUCAGGACGAACAGCAGGAGAAGUAUGCACAAAGCUGCCAUUUGGCACUCCGUCCAGAGUUUGUGAUAUUUGGAUCAUGA